AUGCAAAUAUAAGUUCAGACAGAGGCAGGCAGACAAAAGCAUCUUUUCAUUUCCAGCUGGUUAUCGUUGAUCUUCUCCAACAGAAAUGUCACUAACAGAUUUAUUCAGUUGGAGAUAGCUAAUUAAGCUAAUGUUAGCUGCAUGAGUUGUUUCAAGAUGACUUGCUUUAAAAAACUUACCUGAGAUAAGUUAUCAGGUCUAAAUUUGAACUGGUGCAAUAGUUGGCUGUAGACAGUUAUUGUCUUUCUACGACUUGUACUUGACUGAUUGUGUCAGUUUAAAUUGUUCCUAUCCAUCAAAGUAACCACACUUUUUUCAUUUCGUGGUAAUCUCUAUGCAAAGCGUCUUUUGAGUUUUUUUCUUUGAGCAGUCAGUGUGUACUGAACACAAGAAUAGCGUGACGUCUCUGUGUGGACGCAGAUUAAGUGUAAUCUACUACCAAACAUUAGCAUAUCUUCUCAUCCACUGUCAUAAACGUGUUCUGUAUAAAUCAGCCUCUACAAGCUUGUUUGAUCUCUGAGGAAGUCCGUCUGGUUUCCACUGCUGCACAAACGCGAAGACACCUGUAAACGAGGUGACACACAGUUUGACGAUGACGUCCAUGAAGAUGUGGUAUCUCUUGCUCCUCGCUGCCUUCCUGCCCAUUGUUCCCACAGUGGCUGAAGUUGUUGAGUCGGUGUCCAAGUGUGACCAGUUUCUCCUUGAAGCAAAGCCACCUCAGGUCCCAGGCAUCUUGGAGGGCGGGAAAAUAGGCCAGACCCGAUACAAAUUAAUUUGUCAGACUUAUAAAAAUGAGAGAAAGUUUCUGACGCUCUACGACACAGAGAACAUGAUUCCUGUGUUUUCUGCCUACAAGUACACAGGGAAACAAGAGGGGUUAAAAUUCAACAGACCAAAAAAAUGGAUGAUAGAGCCACAGCUUGAGAAUGAAGAUGACCCGAACAAGGACAUGGCAAACGACAACGGUAAGACCUACAAGAACCAGGCUGUGGAAAAGGAUUACAUAGACAAAGACAAAAAAUUUAACAGGGGCCAUAUAAUUCCAAGCUCAUAUGGGUUAACUGUAUCUGACAAAAAAUCCACCUUUACCCUGACAAACAUCGUUCCACAAGCAAUAUCAUUCAACAGCGGAAGCUGGAGCAGCAUGGAGCAGUGCAUCAAAUGUAUUAUGGACGAAUACUGCAAAGACAACAACGCGGUUACUAAAGCCUAUGUUGUAACUGGAGCAAUACCCAACCCAAGCACCGACCCCAACACCAAACUAAAUAAGAGGGUUAAUAUUCCUGACAAGCUCUGGUCAGCAUUCUGCUGCUACGACUCCAAAAAGAAGAAAUGGAUCGCAAGCGCGCACUGGGGUGACAAUGUUCCUGAUAAACCUGAACGCAAGUAUCUGCCCACCAUCACUCUGCAAAAACUUCAGGAAGAACUGAAGAUAGUAGCCUUUCCUGAAACACAGUGUCCUCUCCAAACAACCGUUAGUGAGUUCUACGAAACCCAAGCAAAACACUGCCAAUGCCAGUAA